CGAGUCAUCCUAUAACACUGCUUUUCCAAAAUGUCUCUUUCCAAAAAGUUGACUUUGGACAAACUGGAUGUUCAAGGGAAGCGAGUCAUCAUGAGAGUGGACUUCAACGUUCCCAUGAAACAAAAUCGUAUUACAAACAACCAGAGAAUCAAGGCUUCCUUACCGAGCAUCAAGUACUGCCUAGAUAAUGGGGCCAAGGCGAUAGUUCUUAUGAGCCAUCUUGGCCGGCCUGAUGGUGUUCCCAUGCCGGACAAGUACUCUCUGGAGCCUGUUGCUGCGGAACUUAAGUCUUUGCUCGGCAAGGAUGUUCUCUUUCUGAAGGACUGUGUGGGCUCAGAAGUGGAGAAAGCCUGCGCCAACCCGGCUAGUGGUUCCAUCAUUCUGCUAGAAAACCUGCGCUUUCAUGUGGAGGAAGAAGGGAAAGGUCUAGACGCUUCUGGAAAGAAGAUCAGUGCCGAGCCAGCUAAGGUAGAGGCUUUCCGAGCAUCGCUGUCCAAACUGGGAGAUGUGUAUGUCAAUGAUGCUUUUGGGACUGCGCACAGGGCCCACAGUUCGAUGGUGGGAGUGAAUCUACCCCAGAAAGCAUCUGGGUUCCUGAUGAAGAAAGAGUUGGACUACUUUUCUAAAGCCUUGGAAAGCCCAGAGAGACCCUUUCUGGCCAUCCUUGGAGGAGCCAAAGUGGCAGACAAGAUCCAGCUCAUCAAAAAUAUGCUGGACAAGGUCAAUGAGAUGAUCAUCGGUGGUGGAAUGGCCUACACCUUUCUGAAGGUACUGAACAACAUGGAAAUCGGUGCUUCCCUAUUUGAUGAGGAGGGAGCCAAGAUUGUCCCAGAUAUCAUGUCCAAAGCCCAGAAUAACAGUGUGAAAAUAACCUUUCCAGUAGACUUUGUCACUGCCGACAAGUUUGAGGAGCGAUGCAAAGUAGGCCAAGCCACUGUUGCAUCCGGCAUACCUGCGGGCUGGAUGGGCUUGGACUGUGGUCCUGAGAGCAACAAGAAAUUUGCUGAAGUUGUGGCCAAAGCCAAGCUAAUUGUGUGGAAUGGGCCUGUAGGGGUAUUUGAAUGGGAGGCCUUUGCUAAGGGGACUAGAGCCCUCAUGGAUGAAGUGGUGAAAGCCACUUCCAAGGGCUGCAUCACCAUAAUUGGUGGUGGAGACACUGCUACUUGCUGUGCCAAGUGGGACACGGAAGAUAAAGUCAGCCAUGUGAGCACUGGAGGAGGUGCCAGUCUUGAGCUUUUGGAAGGUAAAGUCCUUCCCGGGGUAAAUGCCCUGAGCAACCUAUAGUUCACAGCUUUCCCUCCGCCUGUUUCCCAUACACAGCCUUUAGGUCCUCUUAAUGCCUUUGCACCUCAAUUUGUAUGGACAUAUAAGACUUAGCUAGUGACCAAGGUACCGGACACCUGGAACUCUUAAACAUUGGCAUGAUAAUUAAACUCUUCUUGAUUGUACCUUACAUUUUCCUACUUAAGAUCCCAUAUGAAAUCCACCACUGUGCUUCAACCAACCAACCAACCAA